CACACACACACACACACGCACACGGUCUCCCCUUUUCUAUUGUCGCCCAUUGCCAUGUCUGAUCCGUAUGAUGCCAAGCGGGCCGAGUUGCAGCGGCUCAUGUCCAAGGAGAAUCCCCAGCUGCCGGCCAGCGUGUACAUGAGUGCCGAAGAGGCGCGGCGGCGGAAUGCGUCGGUGCGGAAUCCGCGUGUGGCCGACUUCAAGAUCGAUGUGUCCGGCUCGUCGGCCGGGUCCGGGUCCGGGGACUUCCACACGUACCGGGUGGAGCGCCGGCGGGAGCUAGAACGCCAGGCCUUCGUCCUGCACGAGGCCGAGGAGGCCGACCGUAUGGCCCGGCUGGCCGAGCAGGACAGCCAGUGGCAGCGCGAGGCCGAAGACCGGACCAACAAGAACCGGCAGAAGCGCGAGCGGCAGAAGCGCCUGCGCCAGCAGGCCAAGCUGGCUGCCGGGGAGACGGCCGUUGCGUCGCCGGGAGCCGGCCCCGAGGCGCCGGGCCCGAAGCGCCCCCGCGCCGAGCCGGAGCCAUCGAAGUCCGCCAGCCCCGAGCCGAAGCCAUCGAAGUCCGCCAGCCCCGAGCCGAAGCCAUCGAAGUCUGCCGGUCCCGAGCCCAGUGCGGCGCCGUGCACGGCGGCGGUGUCGGCGUCGGCGGAGACGGCGCCGCCGUCCGGCCCCGAGCUGCCCGACAAGGGCGAGGCCCCGGCUGUUGUUGAGGCGUCUCCGCCAUCGAAGCAGUGAAGUCCGAGGUGGUCUUCGGUGUACGAAAUACACGUUGCUUGGGUUUUGUUCCAGAGGCUGCGAUCUGCCGGGCCCUUCUUCCGC